AUGUACCGGUCUAACAAUCGUCUCGGCCUCAGUCUGCGCCGCCACCCCCAACUCUAUCCAGCGCAAUGCCAAAACGGUUGCCAAGCGGCCAGGUUGCCUGCCUAUGUCCAUAGCAUGGACAUCCCCUCUUCUGUCCUGGCAAGACGAUUGCCAUUUUGCGCUACAACACUGACUGUGAUGGCAUGUUAUGGAGCCGUGAAUUGUCAAAGUGACGAGUAG